ACUGCUCGCGGUUCGCUCCCGGGCUCGCAGCUGCAGCGCCGGGCACGGGGCGCGGAGCGAGUCCCACCCGCCCGGCCAUGGGCUGCACAUGCAGCACGACCGGCCGCUGCCCAGCCAGGAGCAAGAAACGACUAAGAGCUCGGCAGCCAAAGGGGCAGGCUUCCCGGGAGCUGACGGCCGUGAAGACAGAGAAUCAUGCUCCCUUGCACGAGGAUGUGGAGACGACGAAGGCCCUGCUGCUGGAGGAGCAGAAGAGGGAGAUUGCGAGGCUGCUACAAGGACAUCAGGAGGAAACGGAGAGGCUGAAGGAAGCCCACCAGGCAGAAACCCAGAGACUGACCCAGGACGUUAAAAUCCAGGUGGAAAAGGAAAGAGAUUUAGAGCUUAACAAGCAGCUCUCCGAGCAGUUCGACACACUGAACAGAGAGCAUGAAGAGAACCUCCGAGAAGUCCAGAGGGCCCAUGACCAGGAGAUGCUGCUCUUAAAGGAAUCCUACCAAACGUCCCAGUCUUCCUUACAGGAGACGAUUGACAGGUUAAAUUCCCAGCUGAAAUCCUUCCAGGAGAAAAUGAAACGGGUGGAGGAAUCGAUCUUGAGCAGAGACUAUAAGAAACAUAUUCAGGAUUAUGGGAGCCCCAGCCACUUCUGGGAGCAAGAACUGGAGAGUCUGCAUUUUGUCAUAGAGAUGAAGAACGAACGCAUCCAUGACCUGGACAAGAAGCUGCUGAACUUGGAAACAGUGAUGGAGAGGAACCUGCUUCUGGAGGAGAAAGUGAAAACCCUUCAGCAGGAGAAUGAGGAUCUGCACGUUCAGACACAGAACCACUUGACAAUGACAAGGCAACUGUCUGACAAGCUCCUGGUGGUUCGGGAGGCCCUGGACAAGGAGUCCCAGCUGCGGGAGCAGGCGCACCGGGAGAAGGAAGAGCUGCUGUACAGGGUCCUGAACGGUGACUCCUCCCCCACCUUCCCCAUCCCCCCCAGCGAGGUGCCGCUCAUCGCCACGUAGCGCUCUGGGAAGCGGCGACGGAGGCUGCUGGGAUGAGGAAGCAAGCGAGGGGCACCAGAGACUCUUCCACCCCUCGUUUUAGCCCUUCCUUUAUUGCACAGGUCCAGAGCUGCAGUCAUGGGGACUCUGUCCGGUAGAAGGGGAGCUGCUCAGACUUCCAACCUUGGGACGGCCUCCCUCUAAGUGGACAGUGCAGUAUUUCUUGGGACCUUUUCAAUGGGCUUUUACCCCUCCUGUGUGUCCCCCUGUCUGACUCUGAACAUGGGGGAGCUUACGAGACACCCCAGAACCUAGACACGUGCGGCGCGAGGUGUCCUGGCUGCCCCUGGCUUCACAUCUCAGUCAGUAGCGGUGGUUACAAGGGGACCCAAGGGGAGCCAAAGGGCUCUCCGGUGCAUUCGGGGUGGGGAAGAAGAGGUCUGUUUCCCGCACUGGUUUGCCCAGGGGAAUCUGAACCGGAGCCCUGCAUCUGAACAGCCUCAGCUUUUGGGGAAGUUUUGGAUCAGGCUCCGGGGCUGAAGUUCGCCGCUCGGGUCCAUCUCUAACCAGAACCGAAGAGAAGGAUGCUCGUCUCAGAUGGAGCUGUUUAACACAGCACCUAGCUGAGUCCAGCAUCAGCCCCCGCGGGGCGGCUUUGUGGUGUACACAGGCAAGCAGCGGGUCAGGCGACCCCUGGGCGUCUCUCUCUGGGAUUCUUCAAGAACAACCCCGCAAGGAAAGUUUGAGAGUCUCGGAGCUGGAACGCGCUGCUCUGUGUGACCCAGGCUCAGGGCUGUCACUGGCAGAAGAUGGUGCCCUCUGCUGGCCAAGAAGCAACACCGGCUUCGGAAGAAGCAGCAAGCCUGCCAUUCCCAGCUGGAGAAACGGCUCCGAUGGCCUGUAGCAGGCACCCAAAGUGGUGCCCGAGGCAGCAAAGAGGGGGAAUGUCUGCUGGGCCGUGUGAGGAUGGGGAAAGUGGGCGAGAGGUGGACAGAGCUGGUCUCUCCCUGGUGCGCUCACUGCCCAGGCUUUCUGGGAGCAGAUGGUUCCAGCUCCAUAGGGUUGCCCAUGGACCCCCUGUCCCUGGAAACCGCAUGGCAGUGGCAACCAGAGCUGGACCAGUGAGCGCCUUCAGCAGGAGUUUGGGGAGCAGCAGAGGGGAAGAUGGAUUGUAGCAAACAUGCCCCCGUCUCAGAAAUCCCAGCCCUGCCUGCGGAUGGAUCAUGUGGUCCAGUAGCGCCUUUGGGGAGGAGAUGGGGGGCACAUGUACAGGGACUGGCCUAGAGCUCCUGGUGCCCAACGACUAGGUUACAUGGGCCCAUGGAGGGUGACGGGGGAGUUUGCUCCUGUGAAUGGGGCUGCUUGUCUCGUCCUGCUCCGUUCCCAGGACUUUGCUGAACCCUGUGCUGGGCUCACCCUGGCGAGACCCCAUAUCUCCUGCCGUGCUGGUCCUUUCUGGCUCCCAGCUCCAUAGUGAACCUUCCUUGGGGCCGCUGCAGUGAGAAUCACCAUCUCCUGUAGCCUUCGCCUUUUGAUUGUCCGUGGCCCCGGUGGCCUUCCCUGACAGCCUCGGCUUCUCUUCCAGGUCCCACGUCCUCCUUCCUGUUGGCUUCUUGCCAGAGUUCAGCCCACGGCCUGCUGAGUUUUCUUUUGCUCUUGUUUCAGAGCACUGCCUCCCAGGGCUUCCCUCCUUGGAAUCUCCCCUCCUCCAGGGACUGCCACAGGUGCCUGUCCCCUUCUGCAGCUCCUCUUCACAGUCCUCCAAGCUUCAGUCCAAAUCCCCCGUAGACUUUGCUUCCUCCUGGCUCAGGACAACCGUCCUGUUGCCCCAGGCUUCCUCCUGGGCCAGCACCUUCUAGUUCUGGCUCUAGCCUCCUCUCUGCCCUUAGCCCAAGAGAGGACAGUCCUAGGUCUCCCUCUCUCCUGGGUCUCCACCCUGGCCUUUCUUUCUGCUCUGCUCCUUCCCUUAUGAAGGCCCAAGCUCCAGUUACAUCUAACACCCCUCCAGGUGCCACCCAGUGGCCUAACAGGACUCAGGCUGGGUUAACCAAGCUGGAGGUUUAUAC